UAAAGAACGAGAGAGCGAGCAGUGUCCCAAUAGGCGAAUCCUCUUCAUAUUAAUACACUCGCCUCGAGAUAAUGAUGUAAAAUACCCCCCCCUUCUUGCGCGUGAUGCUGAUUGCCGUGGAGAUCUGUUGAAGGUGAAACCAAGUGAGAUAAGCAGCGCGAGUGCAGAGAGCAGAGCAGACAGGGAGCGAAAGCCGAUGUGUCUCUACACCUCAAUCGUGUAAUAACAGGGCAUCAAGACCAACUCACUCUCUGACAGUGCACCAGGCAAGAAACUUAUACAAGAGUCGUCGCGGGGAGAGAGACUCCAGAAACUGCCACACACUAAAAGCAGAGUCUGGAGGAUAGGAGCAGUACUAUGGACAGGAGAAUGAACUUGAACGCACCAGGAGAUAUUUUCCACAAAACUCUCAGCGCCGUCUCCAACAAAAAGAUGGACUUCAGGUCGGCGGCUGGUGUUGACCUGCCGGGAUCCAGGGACCGCCAGUCACCGAUCAGCUGUUUCGACCAAACCGACUCGGACCCGAUUCAACCCGGUGGACUGGCUGGGGGUCGAGGGGGAACACUGGGUCUGCCCACCGGAUCUUUGUGCGUCAAAUUUGGCGAGAGCAGCAACAGGACCUCGGCGGCCGAGAGCAGUGGCGGAGAGCAGAGUCCAGACGACGACAGCGAUGGCAGAUGUGAGAUGGUCCUCCUGUCAGACGGGAGAACGGUAGCUGCAGGUAAACCGGAUGGAGGUAAGAAAAACAAAGAACAGAAAACACUCAGACUAAACAUCAACGCGCGGGAGAGACGGCGGAUGCAUGACCUGAACGACGCGCUGGACGAGCUGCGCUCGGUCAUCCCCUAUGCGCACAGCCCCUCCGUGCGGAAACUCUCCAAAAUCGCCACUUUGCUGCUCGCCAAAAACUACAUCCUGAUGCAGGCACAGGCUCUAGAGGAGAUGAGGAGGCUCGUGGCCUAUCUGAACCAGGGCCAGGCAAUCUCAGCUGCGGCCAUACCGGCUACCACUGCCCUGGCUGCUCCGGGUUUACCGGGUCUAAGUGCGGGGAUAAGCGCUUACGAUCAACCGCCUGUAUACCCCUUUGCCACCGGAGUGGCCGGUUCCUCCUGCCCUGACAAAUGUGCCCUUUUCAACAACGUGACCUCGAGUCUGUUUAAACAAUGCACUGACAAGCCUUAACUGCAUCACAGCCACGAGCUGGUACCAGAGACUCAGAGAAGCACAUGCGAGGGAACAUCACUUUUUAAAAAACACACGGUGACUUGGGAGUCGCCAGUCAGUGUAGCUUGAGAAGUAAAACCGAUGACGAUUACUUUUAUAACAUUUACAAAUGCAUUUAAAGAAGCGCUUUUUGUUCAGACAAUACUUGAUUGUGUAUAUAUAAAGCAUCCUUUAAGUGCUGGUAUGAAUGAAAGUGAAAAACCAAACAGAAGUUUAUGAGUGGCUUGCAAGUGGUGAUGGAUUGACAGUUGUUUAUCACUUGCGCACAUAUGGACCCAACGGAGACUUGUGACCUGACAAGCGACUAUUUCACUUCAAUAGAUAGAACAUGAGUUCAUAUUAAUAUAAGAAACCACAAUCUUGCUGCUUUAUUGACUUUAUUUGUAACUUUUGAAAGCGUUUGCUUAUUGGUCGUUAUUUUGUGAACAUUUUAACCGUCUAGGUGAAUGUCUUGGGGAACGCCAAGUGGACUGAUUUGAAUACGAAAUUGUUUUAAGUUUGUCUUUAUUUUAUUUAUUUUUUAAAUCAAACAUUUGUGCUAAAUUGACAGUUUAUUUGGGCCUGUAAUGUAAUUACAUUUACGUCUUAAAAAGCUUGUAUCUGCAGUUAAUGUCCUUUUCGAUUUGUCUCUUAAUUUAUUGAUUUAGAUAUGCCUAUACAUUUUAUUUGCAUGGUGGUACUAUAUUCUGCGACGUGUAUGAUUUGCGUAAUCUCUUACACUCAUGCAAUAAGGUCGAGUUCUUGAGGGAUCAGGCGCGUUGUCAGGUCAAGCAGUGGAUAAUUGUAGAUACAUCAAUAUGACUAAAGAGGGCCAUUUGUAUGUGUUUGUGUGGAAAGCUUUAUUAAAAUAUUUUGAACAAAGUUAA